CCUCAAUGUGGGAUCCGAACCACGGCCCUGCUGCUCAGAGCUGGUGCUCCCAAGUGAGCUCUUGAAUCCACUUUUAACCAAUCACUGCUCCAACCUGCCUCGCUGCCAAAAGUAAACACCCACCUUCCUGUGUUUCUGACCCCUCCUCAUCCCCUGAGACCCACUGCAAGGAUGGCUCCCCUCAGUUCACAAGAUACAGCCACUUAAACCAUCCCCAGAUACUGAAGUAAUCUGAGCUUCCCCUUGUCUAGCCACCGGACUUUCAGGAUGGAUUGCAUCAUCUCUUGCUAAGUGCCAAGUCUUGGGACAACAGGGAUGAAGAGAACCUGCCACUGUCCCAGGAAGUGCCUGGGCCACAAGCAGGCAUGGCUGGCUGGAGAUGAGGGCUGGAAAUGGAGCACAGAGAGGCGAGAGCCUGGUUGGGGCACACGGCUGCCAUCCAGGGCACCUGGCAGCUGGACACUUACCGCCCCCACCCCCAGGAUGCUGCCAUCCUAGGCCAAAGCUACAGAGCAGGCCUUUGUUUUCAGGGGUCAGUGUUUGUUUUCAUGAGUAGAUGGAGCACGUCCACUGAGCCCUGUGGAAAACCGAGCCAGCCUCAGGACAGGGAUGUCCUGAGACCCCAGUAUUGGAGCCUCCUAUGUAAAACAUCUAUUUCUUACCAUACUUACUGCCUCCCCAACCCCACUUUGGGUGAACUAAGAGGAUGAUUCUGCUGUGUAGCUGCAUCACCAAAGAAUUAAGCUGGUCUCAGGGAGGGGCUCCUAGGCCUGGGGGCCAGAUGACCAGCUUCUUCUGGUCCUGGCGAGCUCUGGGGAAGUUGCCCCCUCUGAUGGCCACAAAGGGGCAGGCUGGUGGUUUCUGGGGCUCUGACCCACUCUACUAUUUCCAUGUCACUUAUUCAUACUUGGGGGAAGGAUCUGCCCAGAGCCCCAAAGAGUGCCCCGAGAGCCUGACAUCCGGGUCGCUGAGACACCAUCGCCUGGGACACUGCAGCCGGGGGUCUCUGUGGUGCUGUCAGCCUUGGAGGCAGAAACCAUUCGCCAGUGCCGGCAGAAACCAUUCGCCAGUGCCCAGUCUUGCCAGGAAGGCAGGGUCCCUUUAAGCCUUGCCUCAUUCGUCAGUUUGUUGCUAUGUAUGAGACCAACUUCCUUAGCAACCAGUUAGCCUCUCUUAAAGGGGCCCUGGAGUAGCGGUUGCCACUAGCCAUGGCUCCCAAAAAGAAGGCAAGUAAGGGAGCCAAGGAGCCCAAGGUCAAGAAGAAAGGUGGCAAGAAGGAUUCCAGCAUGGUCAUGGAAAUGCCUUUAGCGGAGGAGACCCGGGAGUUCUACCACAUCCAGAUCCGAGACCUGGAGGACAGGCUGGCCCGGUACCAGCGUAAGUGGGAUGAGCUGGCCAUCCAAGAGAAGCUGUUACGCCAGGAGUUUGAGCAGUUGGCCAGCAACAAAAAGGAGAUCGUGGCCUUCCUCAAGCGUGCGCUCAACCAGAGGGUGGAUGAGAUCACGGACCUCAACAAGCAGCUCCAAAGCAUGCAGCUGGCCAGGGAGCUGGAGAAGGAUGCCUUCGAGGCACAGCUAGCCCAGGUGCGCCAUGAGUUCCAGGAGACCAAGGACCAGCUCACCACAGAGAACAUCAUCCUUGGUGGGAAGCUGGCAGCCCUGGAGGAGUUCCGGCUGCAGAAAGAGGAGCUCACGGAGAAACUCACAUGGCUGGAGGACCAGCUGCAGACGCAGGGGAAGGAAUACAAGAACUACGUGUACAACCUGGAGAAGAAGUCGGUGCUGGACAAGGACAGACUGCGGAAGGAGAUCAUCCAGCGUGUGAACCUGGUGGCCACUGAGUUCCGCAAAGUGGCCACUGACCAGAUGUGGAACACGACAAAGCGGGUCAUCCGGGAGAACAACACCAUGACCCUGCAGCUGUCCAAGGCCUCCCGGCACGGCAUGCAGCUCCUGCAGGAGAAUGAGCGGCUCAAGGGCGCCCAAGACAAACUGUGCCAACAGCUGGAGGUGCUGGAGAGCACCAAGAAGAUCAUGGCUCACCGCAGCAGAGGUCACCACAAGAUCAUCCUCAUGCUGAGGGAGAAAUGCCACGAGCAACAGAAGGGCAGAGUGGAGGCUGAGCAGCUGUGCCUCCUGCUGAGCCCAUUGGAGCAGAGCUUGAAGCAGCUGCAGAAGGACAAGCAGGAACUGAGGAGCCAGCAAGACCAGCUGAGCCUGCAGCUGGAGCAGCUGCAAGCCGAGGUGCAGCGGCUCCAGCAGGAGCUGACCGAGGAGCAGAAGGUUCGGGCAAGCCUGGAGACAGCCCUGGCCCAGGCCACCUCCUUCCUACAGGACAUUCUGCAGAUGCAACCAGAGCCAGAAGACAGCAAUUCUGAUGCAGUGUUCCAGCAGCAACACAAGAAAAUGCUGCAGCAACUGCUGGCCGUGCUCAGCUCGGCCAUGUUCCUAAGCCCCCAGAUGGUUGCGUGUCCCCGCCAGGAGAACCAGCCCCAUGGCCCGCGCAAGGAGAGCACCCAGCCACCCAAGAUGGGAUGUCUGCUGCAGCAGCUGUCCAGUAUCACACCCUACCAGCUGGGGGACCUGGGCUUGGUGCCUCGAAGGGCCCACAUCCCACCCAACCCUGAGGACCUCAGGCUGCUCUCUCAUACUACCCGUGUGGGAAUCUUCAACACACAGAGCAUCUCUGAGGAUGGUCUGAGGCUUGACCAGGUUCCCUCACAGCACAUCCCAAAGCCAUGGACGACUCCAGUCCUAAAAGACACCCUACAGCGCAUCUUUGGGACCAGCCAGGUGUUCCAAAGCUUUGGUGAUACAAGACCAACGACCACUGGGUUAACAGUGUCCCUCAAAGUCAAGGAGUACUACCAGCGAGGCCAUCGGUGCUUGGAGAAGGAAGACUGGGAGUUGGCCGUGCUGUUCUUCUCACGUGCCCUCCACCUGGACUCCCAGCUGGUAGACUUCUAUGCCCUAAGGGCCGAAGCCUACAUCCAGCUCUGCGACUUCUCCUCAGCCGCCCAGAACCUGCGGAGGGCCUACUUCUGCCAGCCAGAGAACACCAACUACCUGGAGCGGCUCAGCUUGGUGCUUUACCUGCAGGGCCAGUGCCUGUUUGAGCAAUGUGCCUUUGUGGACGCCCUGAGUAUCUUCUCGCAAGCCUCUGAGCUCCAGCCCGAGAAACCCCACUUCCGUUACCGAUGCAUGGCCUGUCUCCUGGCCCUCCAGCGGCAUCAUGACUGCCUCUUGCUCGUCACCAAAGAGGUGAAGGAUGGCACGACCAAUGCUGAUGUCUACAUCCUCCGGGCUAGGCUCUAUAACUUCUUCCAGAAGGUAGAACAGGCAGGGUGGGGCAGGGGUGGCCUUCCCCCCAGAGCCUGGUUGCUCCCAGCAUGCCCCAAGAUUACAGGAGGCAACUAGGCCAUCAAGCAGCCCAGAAGCCACAUCCUCACAGUGUGACAGGGACAGUCUGGGCAGAGGCCUGACCAGCACUCACCACUCAGUGGCCAGUCAGGUAGUUGCUCCAUUGUCACUCAGCCCUGGCUCUGUGCCAGGCCUGCGCUGGCCCCUGGAAACCACAAGAUGAGAGACCUAUGCCGUUGCUACCCUCACAGAACUCACAGCCCAGGGGAGACGUCCCUAAACAGAUAAUUACAUGAAGAAUGAUUUCAGGAGAAUACGUAGCACCACCUGAGAUCGACUAGAUAAAGUGGCCCCUCCUGCUGCCUUCCUUUCUUAUUUACCUCAGUGAAUGUUUACUAAGCACCCCAGCUGGUACAUCCCCUGGGCUGGGCAUGGAGACAGACAGUACAGGGAAUGGCUUAGGGACGAGGGAGGCUUGAGGUCACAAAGGAGGAGGGGACCCCAGGCAUGGGAAGGCAUUGGACAGGGCCCUGUGAACCCAGGACGACCCUGACUUCUUCCUGGGGACAUCGAGAACCUCAUAAGGGUGCUCCCCAAGGCAGUGGGCUUUAGAAAGAUCCUUCUGGCUUCCGGGGGAGCGUGGGCUGGAGGGUGCAAGGCUGGAGGUGGGAAGCCGGGGGAGGAGGCG